AUGAGGAAACCGUCUAUUCCAGAGUUGAUUUACCAAAAGACCUUUCCCAAGCCGAAGCAAGGCGAUCCAGUCUCGUUCUAUGCACAUGUCCAACGGUACAUUGUGGGUGAGGUCCGCGUUGAAGUCCAGAAUUUCUACGGUGCCCUCGAUACCCUAGAAGCCCAAUACCCCGGUCUCGACUACUGCUUUCCCCCUCAUCGUCGCCGACUAUCGAGAUAUCCCUGGCACAGACGCCUGUUCCGUGUGUUCGAUGAAUUGGGCUUGACCGAGGACGAGAUAUUGAAUCUAUGCCAAUGGGAGGGGACCAGAGCUGCGAAGGAAAGAUACGAGCGAGAGGCAGGAGUGCAAGUAAGAACGACCACUGCCGAUGAGGUCGUGGCAGCGUCUCCGGGGAACGCUCCAGUUGCCACCUUUGAGGAUUGGUCUCGGCCAGCUGCCGUGGGUUCCACAUCUUUGAGCAACCAUACGUCAAUUGGGACCCUAGGGAAAGAGGCAGACAAGUGUGGUGACGUCGAAGACCCUCCGUCACCACCCGAAGAUGAUAUCGACCUGCUACGGGCCGCCAUACAAUCUCGCAUCCGAGGUGGCUCGAUGUCCCUCAAUCACGCUCGGGAGCAGUGGCUGAAGGAGAUCCUGGACCGGCGUGACGAGAUCGACGUGGAUGAAAUCAUGGCCGCAAUCUUUAACUUUGGAGCCCGAGACCAUCCUCCAGAGAUGACAAGAUCCCAAACAGAAGCAGCCAGGUGA